AUUUAUAUUUGAAUUAUUUAUAGAUCUCUAUAUUAGUCUGGAGUCUACAGCCUUAGGCUAAGCCUUAGCCGUCUUGGUUUUAAAUUUAUAGAUCUAUAAAUUAUAAUCUAGUUUGUUAGAUUACUAGAAGAAAGGACUAGCUAAGAUUAAGUUCUAGAUCUAGAGUCUAGGUGUCAUUUUAUUAGUGGUUUACUCAAUUACUGCUCAGAUUAGUGCAUGAUGAUAUUACAUUUAUUUUUGGUCUUCAUUUGUCUUCUUCAAUCUGUUACUGUCAUUGAAGGACAGAAGAAAUAUUGCAGUGUCUGUCGUGCUUUGGUUAGUGAGGUUGAAUGGUUGAUUAGUCAGGUAGAUCCUAAGAAAAGUAUUCAAGUUGGAAGCUUCAGGGUUGAUCCUAAUGGAAAUCAGAAAAUUAAAGAUAAGCAAUAUGCUAGAUCUGAGCUUCACAUUGAAGAAAUAAUUGAAUCAGUUUGUGAAAAUCUGCAAAACAAUUAUGCCUGGCUUGACUUUGAUGAUGGGACAGGUCAGAUGGUCAGAACUGUUGGUUUUAAUGGAGAGAAGCUGGAUGACAAAGGUUUCAAUUUAGAUCGAGAGAAAGGAAGAAAAUUAAAAUAUCAGUGUGAUAAUUUUUUGGAGGACCAUGAAGAAGAAUUAAUAACUUUGUUUCAAAAUGAACACAUUCCAAACUAUGAAGUGUUUAUAUGUGCUAAUAAAUUAGCUGUUUGCUCCAACAAAGAUGUUGCCAUGCCUUUGUUUACUCUACCCAAAGCUAAAGAUGAAGUGGAAAUUGGGGAUGCUGCAUCAAAUGCUGAUGUUAAGGAUGGUGGAGCCACUGAGGAUGUUGAAAGUGAUGAUGUGAAUCUUGAUGAAACAAACUCUGACAGUUACAGAGACAAUGAUUUCAGUGAUGAGCUUUAAUGACUUGUUUUGUUUUAUGUGGUUGAGAUGAAUGAAGUAUUAAAUGUGUAUAUAUCAGCAACUAAAGAAAAUUAGGCAAGUUUGAUAGUUUUAAAUGAAUUUUCUUGUUUAUCUUGCUCACUCUCCUUGUUAUUUGCAUUACAUAAUGUAUAUUUGUGUGUUAAAGCGUUUUUUUAAUUUUUUGAAAGAGAUGGUAUAACCUAUACGUUAAUAAACUUUUUUUUUUUUAA